GAAGUUGGCAGGUCCUGGCAGGGGACGAGCUGUGGCGGUGGCACCUCCGGGUGUGGAAGGCUCCAGUGAGAUGGAGUCGCGAGUCGCGGACGCUGGGACCGGCGAGACCGCGCGAGCAGCGGGCGGGGGUCCGGCAGUUGGCUGCACCACUCGGGGGCCCGUAGUCUCGGCGCCCCUGGGAGCCGCCCGGUGGAAGCUCCUGCGGCAGGUUCUGAAGCAAAAACACCUGGAUGAUUGCCUGCGACAUGUAUCUGUAAGAAGAUUUGAAUCAUUUAAUCUGUUUUCAGUAACAGAAGGCAAAGAAAGGGAAACUGAAGAGGAGGUUGGUGCAUGGGUCCAAUAUACAAGCAUCUUCUGUCCUGAAUACAGUAUCUCCUUAAGGCAUAAUAGUGGAUCCUUGAAUGUUGAAGAUGUCCUUACCAGCUUUGACAAUACAGGAAAUGUUUGCAUCUGGCCAUCUGAAGAGGUUUUGGCUUACUACUGCCUCAAGCACAAUAAUAUAUUCAGGGCCCUUGCUGUGUGUGAGCUAGGGGGUGGCAUGACAUGCUUGGCUGGGCUCAUGGUUGCUAUUUCUGCAGAUGUCAAAGAAGUUCUGUUAACUGAUGGGAAUGAAAAGGCCAUCAGAAAUGUGCAAGACAUCAUCACAAGGAAUCAGAAGGCUGGUGUGUUUAAGACCCAGAAAAUAUCAAGCUGCGUUUUACGAUGGGAUAAUGAGACAGAUGUCUCUCAACUGGAAGGACAUUUUGACAUUGUUAUGUGUGCUGACUGCCUGUUUCUGGACCAGUACAGAGCCAGCCUUGUUGAUGCAAUAAAGAGAUUACUCCAGCCCAGGGGGAAAGCAAUGGUAUUUGCCCCACGCCGAGGGAAUACUUUAAACCAGUUUUGCAAUCUAGCUGAAAAAGCUGGUUUCUGUAUCCAAAGACAUGAAAAUUAUGAUGAACACAUUUCAAACUUCCACUCCAAGUUGAAAAAGGAAAACCCGGACAUAUAUGAAGAAAACCUUCAUUACCCGCUUCUGCUUAUUUUAACCAAACAUGGAUAGAAGAUUAAGCUUCUCAAAGACGAAGAAAAAUAUCAAGUGCACAGGGAAUAUUUUUACAAAAACGGAAAUCUGUAAGGGGUAUAAUCGCCUGCCUGCGCCCUUUGCAGCAUUUGACAUGUGGGCUAUGGACUCCACCUGUCCUCACCCACGUUAUUCCCCAGCUGCCCUCUCCAGCUCCCUCCCCGCCUCUUUUUACACUCUGCUUGUUGCUCGUCCUGCCCUAAACCUUUGUUUGUCUUUAAAUAUGUAUAAGCUGCCUGUCUGUGACUUGAAUUUGGUGAACAAACUAAAUAUUUUUCCCUGUAAUUGAGACAGAAUUUCUUUUGAUGAUACCCAUCCCUCCUUCAUUUUUUUUUUUUUUUUUUUUUUGGUCUUUGUUCUGUUUUGGUGGUGGUAGUUUUUAAUCAGUAAACCCAGCAAAUAUCAUGAUUCUUUCCUGGUUAAAAAAAUAAAUAAAGCGUAUCUUUUUAUCUCCCUCCAA